UGAUGCGCAUGCGCAUUGCGCAGUUCGCCAAACAGUUGUGGUACCACGAGUUUGUGUUCCUUCCACGGCUCUGUGCAGUCUUGCAGCAGCAUAAUAAUUACUAUUUCUUGGAUACAUUAAACUAGGCUGAUCAGCCCGGCGGUUGCAGAGACCAGAAGGCGUGCGUUUUAAACAACAUGAAGCUGUAAGCCUGUGUCCACUGGAGGCUAGUGGUAGCGUAGCUGUGCUACGUGCUAAUGUUAUGAGACUGGGCCGCAGAGAAACGCCGCCUGUGAUUGACAGCUGACUCACUGCUUUGGGUUACAGAUUCAGUCGGGUUGCUCGUGGAACGGGGCAGUGGAAACUUUGGUUGGUGUAGUUUGUUAAACGGGGGAAGAGGAAGCAGGCGGCACUGCUGCGGGCCUUCGGUCACGUCGCGCACGACUUCAGUAACCGACACUAAUAUUAUAACAUGGGGACCUGAAGUGAAUUCAGGUUAAACAACAUUUUGCCGCAAUUUUUUGGACUUUGCUCUUGAAAAUGGCCAGUUUUACAGAUCUGCGGGAGAAGCUGAAGUCGAUGACACCGCACAGGGACAAAGUUUUCGAGAACAGCGACGGCGAGAAGCGCAAAUACCGCGAGUCGGAUGACGACGAGAGCGAGUACGAGGAGCGGCGGGACGCGGAGGCGCUCAAAGUGAAAAGUAGCAUUAAGCAAGCGAAUAUCUUCACGCAGGAGGAGUGCGCGCGCAUCGAGGCGAAGAUAGACGAGGUGGUUGCCAAGGGAGACAAGGGGCUCUACAGGCCGCACACGGUGGACCGGGCGCCUCUGCGGAACAAGUACUUUUUUGGUGAGGGCUACACGUACGGCUCGCAGCUGGAGAAGCGCGGGCCCGGGCAGGAGCGGUUGUACUCAAAAGGCGAGGUGGACGAGAUCCCGGACUGGGUGCACGAGCUGGUCAUCGAUCGCCUCGUGACGCACGGUGUCAUACCGGAGGGCUUUGUUAAUAGCGCCGUGAUCAAUGACUACCAGCCCGGGGGCUGCAUCGUGUCCCACGUGGACCCCAUCCAUAUCUUUGAGCGACCGAUAGUGUCAGUGUCGUUCUUCAGCGAUAGCGCGCUCUGUUUCGGAUGCAAGUUCCAGUUCAAGCCCAUCCGCGUGUCCGAGCCCGUGCUCUACCUGCCCGUGGGGCGCGGCAGCGUCACCAUCCUCAGUGGCUAUGCAGCCGAUGACAUCACACACUGCAUCCGCCCACAGGACAUCAAGGAGAGGAGAGCUGUCAUCAUUCUGAGAAAAACAAGGCUGGAUGCCCCUCGCUUGAGCUCCAGCUCACUGUGCCCUUCCAUCCACUCUUCUGAGAGACGACACAUACUCAAAGCCAAACGCUCACACCGCAAGGCUGACCCAGAUGCUGCACACAGGCCUCGUAUUUUAGAGAUGGACAAAGAGCUGCAGAGGCGUUCCCUCUCCUCCCGACAGAGACGUCACGGCGACGGCAGUUCAGAGAACUCGUGGAGGAGAGCUGACGAGAGAGAGCUGGGCUCACGCUACACACAUGAUCAUGCACCCACACGACGAGUCAAAAUGAGACGUCACUGAGACGCAGACGCCUUUACAUUUGCUCGAGGGGAUGGGAAGCCAACAGAGUGACUCAGUAAAAGAGAAGCUUCCGGAGUGGAUGGAUUCAAGGACAUUAGACAGUGGCUGCUUUACUUAUUAAGAGGCUUUAUCUAUCUAUUCAGACAUAUCAAAAAUUAUACUUUAAGAUCCACUAUAUUUUGUUCUGUGUGUUUAAAGGAAAUGUAUGGAAUAAAAAACGACAUCUAUGCUGACUAGUGGAAUUCAAUCAUAAUUCAUCCGUUCGCAGCCCAGUUAACUUCAUGUGCCAGUGUCAUGCAUACAGCUCAUGCACAUAACAAUAUCAAAUAAAAAUGUGUACUGGUCAAUUUUUUCGAAGAUAGGUUUUUGAGAACUGCUCCUUUGAACAUGUAAACAGAUUUGCUGGAUACAUUUUGAAACGGUAGCUUAGAACAGGCAAUCAAGCUACUUUUAAUUUUUGCAAAAUCUUAAAAGUCACAAAAAGUGAGAAGGAAAAAAUGUAUCAAAUUAAUUUUUUCAUGCAGAUAGACUGACUUUAAUGGUAUGAUGAUAAAAUGUCUUUUAUUUGCAUGCAGUGGCUUGUCGGUUGAUUUGCCUAUGCACAGUGACUUUACUAACAAAGACAAGAUCAAAUCUAAGGCCUAGAAUCAUCUUUGAUAUGCUUGACAUGCACAAUAUUAGUUUCCCAUGUUUCUAAAAACGGGAUGAAAAAGUUAAAUAGUCUUCAUUUGAAUGCUGUUCUUUCUGUUCUCAAUGCUUUUUUUUCUUUUCUCUUUUGUCCCCGUUUAAGAGUGGUAUUGCCAUUAUAACAAGUUCUGAUUGACAAGCAUGGUUAUUUGU